AUGCUCCGGUCGAUACUCAUCUUUGGCACCGACGAGUUCGAUGACAUCCCGGCCGACAUCAUCCACAACAACGACGAUGACUGGGGCAACAAAAUCUACUUUCCGACCUCGGCAGAGGAGAUGAUCGAAGCUUCGGAGCUGUGGUAUGACUCGAUGCUCGCGUGCCACGGCGAGACUCGGAUUGCAUCGCGUCUGAUGGUGCCACGCGGCGAGCUCAACGUUGAGACGCUACUCAAUCCGUAUGCCUCGCCGUAUCAAACUGCCCUCGCUGCCGAGGCUGAAGACGAGGGGAGGCUGUUGGAUGAACUCCCGCUCCCAACCGAGUCGUGGCUCUACCGGCUGGACAUUGAUCGCGACGCCGAGGUCGGGACGCACCCGGACCAUCUAGCGAGCGUGCCGGUGUAUGCGCACGUACAAGAGCACGGAAGCGAGGUGGCUAUCACGUACGUCACAAUGUAUCCGUUCAACGGCUCGUACGCCAUCUGCUGCGGCGCGUGCUCAGCCGGCGAGCACCAGGCCGACGUCGAGCACAUGAGUGUGUACGUCGACCGAGAGAGCGGCGAGGUGACACGGGCCUACUUUGCAGCGCACCGCAUGCGUGACGGCGAGUACGUCGACGCUGCCGAUCUCCAGUUCGCCUCGCCAAACUCGCGGCGGCUGGUGGCGUAUGUGGCCAAGGCGGGCCACGGCCUCUACCCGCGAGCUGGCCGGAUCUGGCGCCUCUUCGGCUUUGCCAACGACCUCACUGGAAACGGCCAUGUGUGGGAUCCGGAGACGGCGGUGGUCAUCAGCGAAGGCAGCCCGCGGUGGAUGCUCUACCGCGGCCGCUGGGGCUCGGCCCACGACCUAGCUGCAGGCUUUACUUCGGGGCCCUCCUUUCAGGGCUGGUGGCUCGCUGAACAUCCGCACUCGCGCGGCUGCCUCAAGCGCGCUUUCUGUCAGUGUCUGGAGUGAGGUGAGGCACCGACUACGCUUCGACGGCCGACCAGACCUCGACGACCAGCUCGCCCUGCAUAAAAGCCUCGAGCAGC